AUGCAAUCAUGUCAUUAGCUGUGGGUGGAGUUUGACCCAUAGCUUUCAUUUGGUCAAAACAGAGAAGCAAUGCUGCUCCCUUAAAAAACCUUCAACUCUUGUUUUGGUGGAAUUAUCGGAAUGUUGUUCUGGAGAAUUUUCUUUGGCCUUCUCUUGUCAGUUCCUUGCGCUGCUUUGCAAAUUUUCAGCACCAAUGAGACACAUUUCUCAAACCAAAGCGUACAACUGUGGACGCCCGUAAGGCAACAGACGACGUUCGGUCAGUCGAACAGGACGGAACCGAGCCAAUGGGGUAACUCUGCCGUUAGCCGGCGGAUCCGGAUCCAUCAACUGAAGAGGCCCGCUGUUGAGGAGCGCGUCCAAAUUCUACCGACGCCAGAACCCGAUGUCCAAGAUGAAGUUUUAAAGAUCGCAAUUCAAGGCCCGGAUCUGGACCCGCCCGUUGAACCGGAUCCAAAGAUGGCAGUUGACUUUGAGCAGCGGGUGCCCAAGCCGGCAGACAGCCUGGCGGUGCAGUGUGGCGAGGGGGAGGUCAUCGUAGAGGUCAAGCAGAACUUCUUUGGAAAUGGCCAGCUAAUCCGUCCAAGCGAUUUGACAUUAGGAGGCUGUGGCCUGCUUCGCCAAGACGACCGCGUGCUUCUUUUCCGGACCGAGCUCCACGGCUGCGGCGGCACGGCCAAGAUGACGGACGAAGCCCUCAUUUACACCUUUUCGCUCGCGUACUCUCCAACGCCAGUCGGAGACUCCUUGGUAUUUAAGACGAAUCCUUCCGAGGUGCAAAUUGAAUGCCAUUAUCCCAGGAAGCACUAUGUAAGCAGUCAUGCCGUGAUGCCUCAUUGGCAGCAGUUUGCUUCCAGCCUGUUAACAGAGCAGCAGCUCCGCUUCUCCCUCAGGCUCCUGACAGAGGAUCAUCAGUCCCAGCGGUCCACCGGUGUCUACCUUGUGGGCGAGAUGAUCCAUUUGGAAGCCUCGGUCCUACAGGGCUACCACAUUCCACUGAGGGUCUACGUUGACAGCUGCGUAGUCACCUUGAGCGCCGCCCCAAAUUCCCAACCGGCGUAUACAUUUAUCGAUAAUCAUGGGUGUCUAAAAGAUGCUAAGCUAACAGGAGCCAAGUCCUACUUUAUGCAGCGAAGCAGUGAGGAUAAGCUUGCAUUCCAGGUGAAAGCUUUCAAUUUCCAGAAAGACGGCAGGAAUUCGCUUUACAUUACGUGUCGGCUAACGGCAACAGUGCUCUCUGUUCCGAUCAGCUCGCGACACAAGGCCUGUUCGUUUUUAGUUGAAGCCAACAGAUGGGUAGCAUCAGGUGGCGACAACAAGGUGUGCAGCUGUUGUGAAAGCAGCUGCAGUGAGCAGAGGUGGAAAAGGAACCUCCGAGAGGAUGCGGGUCUUCAGCCACACAUUCAAUGGGAAGGAUCUGCUAUUUUAGGCCCCAUCCGAGUGAAGGAAAACACGACACGAUCCAAUUCUACUCGUCGGAAGCCAAAACGUACACACACCGGUAUAUAAAAGUAUUGAAAUCAUGUAUGUUUGUUUCAUUCCAAGCAUUGUUGCACUUUAUCUGAUCGUUAGCUGCGCAGUGCGCUGUCAUGGGUGCAGGGUGCACAAAAAAUCGGGACAAUAAAGGAUAUCUGUCCA